CAGCGCGCAAACCUUUCAGCGCAUUUGUCGAAAGUUCGCAGUGAUAUAGACAAAGCGAUACCGAAUACGAAUUUCGAUGGUUUGGCAAUAAUCGAUUACGAAGAUUGGAGACCACUUUGGGAACAUAACUGGUAUACGAAACGGAUUUACCGUAAUGCAUCUCUGGCUUAUGUUGAGGAACAAUACAAAAAUACGGGGAAAACUUUAACCAAAGAUGAUAAACUGAAUAUUGCUAAGGAUGAAUUCAACCGCGCAGCAAUGAAAUUUUUAACGGAAACUAUUCGUGAAGCAAAAAAAAUGAGACCAAAUGCCUUGUGGGGAUUUUAUGGCAUGCCAUUUUGCAAUUACAAUGCAGGGAAAAGUGGCACUGUGGGAUGCGAAGAAGUGUUCGAAAAAUUCAAUGAUCGAUUACAACCUCUGUAUGCUGAAGCUACCGCUUUUUAUCCGUCCAUUUAUUUGCCAAGCAGAAAUAGUGGUCGUACUGGUUGUUUGUACGUCACUUCCGUCCUUCAAGAAGCUAAACGUUGCGCAAAGAAGUUGUCAAUACCGAUAUUCACGUUCAGUGGCAUUGAGUACUUUCCAUUGAAAUCUGCUGAUCCAUAUUAUAGCAAAGAGGAUUUAUUCCAUUCACUGAAUACAGCCUUUGUUAUGGGUGUACAAGGUACUAUCAUUUGGUCAUCAUCUAAAAAUAUGGCAGAGCGAUGUCACGGUAUAGGAGAUUAUGUCCGCAAAUAUGUUGGUCCAAAAGCUGAGGAAUUGAAAGCUCGUGACAAAAUUAAAAAGAUCAGGAAACCCAACAAACCUGAUCAACCUUUCUGUGGCCAGACAAUUACUGCGAAAAAAAAUGAAGGGAUAUUCUUCUAAAUCUACUGUAGUACAUAGAUAAUUGAUAAGUGAUAAAUUAUCACGCGAUUUUUGAUAACUUAAUAUUUCCUUUUGUAUUUUGUGCAAAUCUAUUUGUUGAUUUGAUAUUUCCAUAGUUGAACAAUUGAAUUUAUAGCAAUCAGAAUUAGUUGAUAGAAAUUAGAAUAAAGUAAGAUUAAUAAAAGUGAAUUCACA